AAAAUUAAGAAAAACAAUCUGUUAUUUAACAUUCAGAAGAGGCAGCAUCAAUGGAGGAUACAGGAGAGGAUCAUUCUGAAGAAUCUGAUAAUAAUGACACUGCUGACAAUAAUUUAGAAAAUGAUGCUCAAACAGAAGAUACAAUGAUGCCUGUGUCCCAGCCAGUGCGUGCUAAGAGUUUGUUACGCGCAAACUUAGAAAAUUCUCGCGGGCGACUUUUACAAAGCAGAAUGCCAAACAUUAAAGUCUUUAGUGGCACGUCGCAUCCAGAUUUGGCUCAACGUAUCGUCGACAGACUCGGUAUCGACAUUGGGAAAGUUGUCACCAAGAAAUUUAGCAACCUCGAAACAUGUGUGGAAAUAGGAGAGUCUGUUCGAGGAGAAGAUGUGUACAUUGUACAAAGUGGAAGUGGAGAAGUAAAUGACAAUUUGAUGGAACUAUUGAUUAUGAUCAAUGCAUGUAAAAUUGCAUCUGCAUCUAGAGUAACUGCUGUAAUUCCUUGUUUCCCAUAUGCAAGGCAAGAUAAGAAAGAUAAGGGUGGUGAUGGAGGUGACAACUCAAAUUCUAAGAAUCAAAUUGUCAUGAAGUCAAACGAGUGGAAAUUCAGGGAUUUUGUGCCCGACCUCUCUACAAGUCGUGCACCUAUUUCCGCAAAAUUAGUAGCAAACAUGUUAUCAGUAGCAGGAGCUGAUCACAUUAUUACAAUGGAUCUGCAUGCUAGUCAAAUUCAAGGAUUUUUUGACAUUCCAGUUGAUAAUUUAUUUGCUGAACCAGCUGUUUUAAAAUGGAUUAAAGAAAACAUUGUUGAAUGGCGAAACAGCAUUAUCGUUUCUCCAGAUGCUGGUGGUGCUAAGAGGGUAACAUCCAUUGCGGAUCGAUUAAAUGUUGAAUUUGCUCUUAUACAUAAAGAAAGGAAAAAAGCGAACGAGGUUGCCAGUAUGGUAUUAGUUGGAGAUGUAAAAGAUAGAGUUGCUAUUCUGGUAGAUGACAUGGCAGACACUUGUGGCACCAUUUGUCAUGCAGCAGAAAAACUCUUAGAAGCUGGAGCCACAAAAGUAUAUGCAAUUUUAACACAUGGUAUAUUCAGUGGCCCAGCAAUCAGUAGAAUUAAUAAUGCUUGCUUUGAAGCUGUGGUAGUAACAAAUACCAUUCCUCAAGAUGGUCAUAUGAAGGAUUGUCCAAAGAUACAGUGUAUCGAUGUAUCAAUGAUGUUUGCCGAGGCAGUAAGACGGACUCACAACGGUGAAUCUGUAUCGUACUUGUUUUCAAAUGUACCGUAUUAGAUGCAAAUCUUCCUGAUAAUGUACUCUUUUAAAAUAUGUAAGAAGAAUGUAAUAUUUUUACAUCCGUUUGCUGUUAUUCUUAGUUUAGUUUAAACUAAUUUGCCUAUAGGAGCAAACUUGAAAUAAGCACUAGUAACCCGUUUUUCAUUUGAAAAUCGUAUAUAUUUUUUUCUUUGAUAGACGUACAUAAAAAGUGAACCAUUAGACGAAUAAAACAUACUGUGUUGUCCAUUUCGGAAAAAUAAGUUUACAAGGAAUAGAUAAAACAACAAACAAGAACCUUCAAAGUGAAAUUGUUUAUAAGUAAUUAAAAUUUCGCUAGGCCAUUACUUAAUAUACAGAAUACAUUAUUAUCCCUGUUAAAACAUAAUUAUACCGUUUAAAUUAAAUUCCACGAUCUGUUAUUGCGAUAUGAAAUGACAUUAGAGUUAUCCUAGCAAUUGUAUAUAACUGGGGACAAAAAGUAUUGCAAUGGAUGCAAAUAGACAUUCAUACAAUAUGAACACGCCAUAGAGGCAUAUUUCAUGUUUUACAGUCAAAUGUAAAAAUUUGCAAUAUGUAUGUACAAUUUUUCAACUGGUAAUACAAAGCGUCGAAACAGCUAGCUUUUUACAAUUCUGAUGUGAUGUGGUAUGAUGGCCAUAUUCUAAUACAUCAAUCUACUACAUUAUAUAUAAUAGAAAAAUAAUGUCAGAAAGACAUUGUAUUUUUUUCGACUAUCUUUUACUACUGCAAUUUUUAUGGAAAGAAAAAGGUCGCUAUUUAUAUGAACAUAAUUCUAUUGCCGAAAACAAUUAUGCCCUCAGUUAAUCGAGGAAAGUGACUUUACAGUUAGCUUUGGACCAAUAUAAUAUGAAAAUAUAAGUCAAUAUAAACACAGCGUUGUUUACAUGCAAAUUUUUUUUAAUUUAAUAAAAA